GGUGGUCGUUUAGUAUUAUAUGGGUUCUCGACUUUUAAAAGGUCCAGAAAGUUCUCCUUUCUCUGUUCAAUCAUUUUCGUUUUCGUGUUGCUUUGUAUGUAUCUGAAUUGCUUAAUUUUGGCCAAUCCACAUCUCUUGUAUUAAGUGUUAUACUUGCUUGUUACUUGCUCACUUGCCAACGUUUGAUUUGACUUGCAUAUUUCCUAUCUCUUUCAUUCAAUUUUCACUGCGCCGCCACUUCAUCAUACAUUUUUUAUUCAAUCACAUCUUUUGUUAAAGACCAAUCCACACCGCAACAACGAUCUUCCUUACAUACAGCCAUCACCUUUACAAGACAAUCCAUUCGAUACCUCAGACAUCCAGGCUUAAGCCAAUCGCCAAUGUCACCGCCACCAUCACUUUAUGUCUACCCAGAAGGUAAACGCGAACGUAGACGCACACGUACACAGACCCAUCAUGAUUCUUCUACCCGCAGCCCGUCAACGGCAUCCACCCUCCACUCUCCAAUCUCCAAUGAUAGUGUCGAUUCCUUAGCCAAACCUCGACUCGCUGAUCAAUCUCACCAUCGAUCACAUCGAUCCCGCCAUGCCCGUCCUCCUUCCCACACCACAAACAAUACAUCCAAUGAACGUGUAUCGCGUUCCCGCUCCCCCGCCGCUUUCCCCUCGACCAUAAACCUUCCCACCCCUCAAGCUUCAGCUCCUACCCGUCUCCCUCCUUCUCCUCCAUAUGCCAUUUCAUCCCCAGCAACUUUCUCAAGCGCUUCCACACUCCUUUCCACCCAAGCACCUCCUAUUGCACUCGAAUUCCUUAAUUUUUUAGAUGACCUAGGAAUCUUGAUGCUAUGCAAACCGCUUCUAGAAUUAUGUAAUGUGGAAUGGAUUUCAUUGUUUGAUGAUAUGGGAAUUUUUUACUUGUGUGAGCCUAUUGGGGCAAUUAGGAGGGUGUUGCGUAAAUUGAGAAUUGGGAGGGUGGAUAGGGAACGAGGGGGUGGAAGUUGUUUGGGGAGUAAGGAGAGGGAUACAGCGUCGUGGAUUUCGAGUUUAAGCAGUAUCGCGAGUGAGGUGAGGAGUGUUAGUGAGAGGAGUAGAGAGAAAAGACAUUCUGCUAGUAGCGGAAGAAGUAAAGGGAGUGAGGGGUUGAAGACAAGGAGUAAGAAGGAGAGUCCGAGGGGUAUGAGAGAAACUGGGAAGCAAGCUGAGAGUAUAAACGGGAUUGGAAGUGGGAGUGAAAGGAUUAGUGGUGCAAACCGAAGAAGAAGUGAGAGGGCGGCGAGUAGUAUUGCCGCAAGCCAUUUGGGACAGAGCUUGAGAGGGGCAGUGCCUAGAUAGAAGGUCGUUGGUUGGAGAGAAAGACGAUGGAAACGUAUUAUUUGCCAUUCUGGAGAACUUGGAAACAGGAUCUUUUCGCAAGACGAAAGUUUCGGAGAAAUCUGAAAAUCGAGUAGGAAUUGAUGGAAACGUCAUUCUUCCUCUUUUUCAUCGUCAUCUCGAGAGAUUCAAUCGACGGGUUCUUUUCAUUCGACGAUUUCGAUGUCGUUUUUCAUUCAUGCUCGUUUAAUAGCGAUAUAUAUCGCGGUUAUGAAAUGGUUCAACUCGCAAGCUGAGAGAGAGAAAGAGAGAGUGUGUGUGCAGCGAAACCAUCUCCAGGAACCUUUUUCCAUUUUUCGACUCGGCUCAGACAGAUAUAUAUCACAGCUUCCUCUAUACGAUUCAAUCAAUGAAUCCUGAUUUUUUUUUUUUGAUUUUUUUUA